AUGAGAUCUGGAGGGGCACAACAACGAAAGAGGAAACGGGAGGAUGAUGAGCGACGAUGUGGUCUACACUCUAGCAGCCUUGCCACCCAUUUAAUCUACCAGUUCGCUUGGGGGGCAUACUCGCCACAAGAAGUUCAGAGAUUGGCAAGCUUGGCCCUCAAUGAUAUGAAGAAGGUAGCUCGGCCAGAGGAUUUGCCACAGGAUUUGAUUGAUGUUGCUGCUAUCGGAGCUGGUGGAAAGCACCCAUCAAAAUGCCACGGUGACCUCAUCAAGUUGGUAGAGCCACAGAUCAAGUUGCCCCAGCCGACAGUCGCGAAACUGCCUUUUAAAGCACCGGUGAAGGAACACGACCAGGCAAUGUUCCUACCCCACGAGGUUUUCGCAAGCCUCUACAAGGACUACGGUGAUGCUUGGGUCAGGUCAAUGGUGCCUUCUGAAGGCAAUAUCCCUGAAUUUUGGGAUUCGGUGGCUGAGCACCCAAGCCUUCAAAACCAUCCCUUGAAACUGAGGGGCGAUUUUCGCAGCAAGUGCAUCCCCAUCGGACUUCAUGGUGAUGAUGUCCCCUGUACAGGGCUGGGGAAGUGUUGGGUGAGCAAGCAAACCCAAUUUUCGUGGUAUUCUUUGCUCGCCACAGGUGAAAGCACAAAGGAUGGAAUGUUCUGGAUUUAUGGAUGCAUGGAAAAACUUCGAAGCAAUGAUCUUGCAUCACACACAAUGCACAAAUUCCUGCACAUCCUCGCAUGGAGCUUCUUGUGGUUGAGCCGGGGACAAUGGCCCGACGAAGAUUGGAACGGGAAGAAGUAUCCCCGGGGCUCAAGGGAGCAGAAAAGAGCAUUGAAACCAUUGGCCUCCGGUUUCUACUGCUGCCUCUUCAGCAUAAUAGGCGAUUUGGACUACUUCGCUGGCAUCUUGCAGUUGCCGCAUUUCGCCAGCAAAUCGAACCCCUGCCCCCUCUGCAGGGCAUCCAGCACCGGAUCCGACCAGUUCAUGUUUGGUUCUGUGCUUGCUUUACUCACACACACUGUAUUGCCAGCAACACCGUUGGAGAACCUCAAGCGAGUCUGGGCCAGGGUGCUUCACUUUUACAAGGCUUCGAGAACACCGGCAGCCAACCGAUUUCGCAGCCUCGGCAAACUGUCGAUGUUUGUUCGUCGGACAGGCUAUCCGAAGUUACGAGGAAAAGGCCACGAACUGAAACACUUCGGCAGAGCCUUGUUGGAUGUGUGGCAACACUUUCACAACCCCGUGAUCCGGAUACACCAGCAAAUCCUCCUCAUGUUACAGCUCAAUGUCAGAAUGGAGGACCUGCUUCUCGACCACAAGACUUGCUUUGUGUUUCCACCGGCUGCAGCCCAAGAGUUUCGCGAAACUGCCAGUGCUAUGGAAGGCAUCCAAAACUUUGACGUCACCUCCAAGUUCCACAUGCUGCAACACAUCGCGGACUAUGCCCAUUGCCUGUCGCCCCGCCUGGUCUGGUGUUUUUCCGGAGAAGAUCUCAUGAGGCAUCUUCAAAAACUUGCCCAAGCGAGCAGCAGGGGGGUCAAGGCCGUGUCGGUUGUGAACAAGAUGUCUCGCAAAUACCGACUGGCCAUGCACAUGCAGUUCACAAAGGUCUGA